AUGACCUAUUUAAAAAAUCUAGUAGAAGGUCCCGCUGCAAGUUCACAUAUGAAAAAAUUACUGAAACUUGAACAGGCGAAUAACUUAACUAACAUAGAAACAUUGCGUAAUGUAUUUGUCAACGUUGAGACACAAGUGAGAAGUCUGGAAAAUUUAGAUGUCACGUCUGAAAAUUAUGGUCCGCUAUUAAUACCAGUACUUAUGUCGAAACUUCCAGAAGAGCUUAAUUUAAUUAUUACUCGUCAAUUUAACGACAAAGAUUGCUGGGAUAUGAAGUUACCACACGAUAACAACCCGUUUUCAUCAUUGGCAUUACCAGUUCACUAUUCACAUCAAUCGAACCGCGAUCUUCCGCACAAUCAGCAUAAUUAUCGCAAUCAUCAGAAUAAUCAGAAUAAUUAUAGAUGCAUAUUUUGUGACAAAUCGCAUAAAUUACAGCAAUGCCGAAUAAUCACUAAUUUCGACGCAAGGAAAAACGUGUUACGUGACAAGAAGAGAUGUUUUGUUUGUUUAAAAGGUGGACAUUUAGCCAAGUCUUGUUAUUCUAAGAUUAGUUGUUUAAAGUGUUCGGGUAGACACCAUGUUGUUAUUUGUGAUAAGAAAUGGGACGUUGACCAAGGUCGUAGAGAUAAAGAUGAACCGAACAAGAAAAACCAGAAAAUGUUGCUGGUGCCACUUCGUUGGUUACAAGCUCAAAUUCGUUCGACAUUCCGAGUUCCGUUAUGUUGCAAACCGCUAAAGUUAAAGUUGUUAAUACUACUGAUCCUUCAAAAAUUGUUCGAUAACUGUUCCCACUUAAGUUACAUAUCGCCAGAGGUGCAGUUUUCAGUGAUUGGUUUAGAUGGAGAUAAAAUCAAAGUUGAUUGUGACGUGAAAAAUAUUUGUCAUCCUUUAACAGGACAGAAUUUGAAGAAUAAACACUUGAAAGACUUACGUUUAACUGACAGUAACUGCAAUAAUAGAGAUUUGGAUGACUUGUUGGGUGCUGAUAAUUAUUGGAAAUUUUUUUAUGGUAGUAUAGUUCGGGGUGCGGAUGGGCCAGUUGCUUUAAAUUCAAUGGUUGGCUACAUUGUAAGUGGGCGCAUAGGGUCGCGUAAACGUAGUAGAAGUGCAGUCUUGGUAGCAAAUGUAUUGAAGAUUAGGGCUGAAUUUGUCGAAGAUAAGUUGGAUAAUCAGUUGGAAAAGUUUUGGUCCUUCGAAAACGCUGGUAUCGAGAAACAACCAGCUGUUAAAAAUUUUUGUGAAAAUGUUAAAUUCAGCGCGCAGACUAAACGUUAUGAGGUGCGGCUGCUUUACGAUGUGCUCCCUGAUAAUUAUUGUGUUUCUUUAAAGAGACUUGAAUCAUUGAGGCAUAAAUUGAAAAAUAAUCCCUUAUUAUUGCGUAAUUAUAACAGUAUGCUCAAAGAACAGCCUGAACAAGGUAUCAUUGAAAGAGUUACCAACAACGAUUGUGCCAAAAGACAAGUUCACUAUUUACCACACCGACCAGUCCUUCGUUAUGAUAAACCAAGCAUCAAAGUACGCAUGGUAUUCGAUGCAAGUUCAAAAUCAGUGGGACUGGCUUUAUUAAAUGAUUGUUUUGCCACUCUUAUUAAGCAUGCUGAAUCAUUUAAUCAUGUUGAUCCUUUGUUUGUACAGAAGUUAUUGAGUUCACUUCACGUUGAUCAUCUAAUUUCCGGUGGCGCUACUGUUAAUGCAGCACAUGAUUUUUACCAGAAAUGUAAACAACGUCUCGCUGAAGCAAAUUUCAAUCUGCAUAAAUUUCAUUCGAAUUCCGAAGAGUUGGAACAAUUAGUUACCAAACCCCAUGUUGCAUAUACCGGACAUGUUACCAAAGUUCUUGGUGUUUUGUGGGAUAAAAAGAAAGAUUCGCUCUUAUUCACAUUCGACGACAUUUUAUGGUUAGCGAAGGACAUAGCGACAAAACGACAAUUGAUUAAAUUUACCGCUUCCAUUUAUUACCCUCUUGGUCUUAUUAACCCUAUUGUUAUGCGAUUAAAAAAACAUUGUUUCAAAAAAACCUGUGUAGGUAAAAUUGGUUGGGACAUCGAGUUGAGUGGACAGGUUUUGGACGAGUGGCGAGUUACGCACAAUGAUUUUAAAAGUGUUUCACAUUUGAAUAUACCACGAUGUUACGAUGGGGAGAAUAUUGUUGAUGUACAAUUGCAUGGUUUUUCUGAUGCUUCUUUGAAAGGUUACGUGACGUCUAAGUCGAGAAUCGCGCCAAUCGAACCGGUCACGAUACCUCGAUUGGAGCUGUAUGGUGCAGUGAUCUUAGCGAAGCUGGUGAAGUAUGUCCGUGAUGAGUUGAGUUUGGUUUAUGAUAUUACUGUGACACGGUGUUGGAUUGAUUCGUCUAUUAUUCUAUAUUGGAUUAAAAAUGUUAAUAAGAGGUAUGAGGUGGUUGUCGAACGGCGAGUUGGUAUCAUUCGUGAUUUAGUUUUACCGGACAGUUGGUUUCAUGUGGAGUCAAAGGCAAAUCCUGCGGAUAUUUUGUCGAGAGGUUGUUUGGUAUCUGAGUUGGUGAAUAACUUAUGGUUUUCAGGACCUGAUUUCUUGCGCGACACUAACAUCUUAGCUUCGAGUUUUAAUUUCAGUAAUUUCAAGGUUGAUGAUGCGACUUGUUUAAUUGUUGGUAACGACAAAUCAGAGGAGAGCACCGAAGAAGAAGUUGAUUUAAAUUUUAUGAACAUUGCACAAUAUUCCAAUUACACACGUUUAUUGCGAAUUACCGCAUUGGUUUUACGAUUUGUUGGAAACCUCAGAAAAAAGCGUCUUAAGGAAGAAUUGGUUUUACAUACAUUUGUUACAAAGGACGAGCAAUUGCAUGCAGAAAAACUGUGGAUUAAAUAUGCUCAAAAAGAUAUAAUUCAACUUCCGAGUUACAAACAGUUACAAAAAGAUUUACGAUUUCAAAAUAUUGAUGGUAUUAUUCGUUGCAAGGGACGCUUAGAAAACGCUCCUUUAGACUUUGAUACUAAGUUUCCGAUAUUUUUACCGAAAAACAAUCCUUUAACAAAGCUAGUCAUUUUGCAUUAUCAUGUUCAAGUUUUGCAUAAUGAUUUGAAAGAAACACUUAAUGCCAUCAGAUCGAAAUUUUGGAUUCCAAAAGCACGAAAUUACAUAAAGCAGUUAAUCCGACAGUGCCAUUUAUGUCGUUAUUACGAAGGGAAAUCUUAUGCGUAUACUGUUUCACCAGCAUUACCGAAAUCACGACUAUCCAAUCAUCAUCCGUUUAAACAUACUGGUCUCGACUAUGCCGGAUCUUUAUAUGUUCGAAAUGUUUAUCAUGGUGGAAGUAUGUAUAAAGCUUGGGUGUUCUUAUUUACUUGUACCAGUACCAGAGCUUUACACUUGGAUUUAGUUCCCAAUGCUUCGUCUUCAGGUUGUAUUCGUAGUCUUCGCCAAUAUUUCAGUGAACGUUGUAUUCCCUCUGAAAUUAUUUCUGAUAAUGGUAGUCAAUUCAUUGCCGAAGUUACGCAACGAUUUUCGUCAAAUCGAGGAAUUAAAUGGCAUUUUAAUUUAGAAGCCGCUCCUUGGUGGGGAGGGAUGUUCGAAAGACUUGUAAGAUCCGUUAAACGUUGUUUAAAGAAGACUUUACACAAUACCAGAUUAUCGUACGAAGAACUACUGACUGUUCUAGCUGAAAUUCAAGCAGUUAUUAAUAACAGACCGCUGACAUUUUUGUAUGAAAACAUAGGUGAGCAACCAUUAGCACCUAACCAUUUACUCUUUGGGAGAAAAAUUAAUUUGGAAGCCUCGCAUAUUGAUAGCGAUGAAAAUGAAAAAGAUUUGUGUCAACGUUAUGAUCAUUUGCAGCGUAUCAUAAACCACUAUUGGAAUCGAUGGAAAUGCGAAUAUUUGACAGAGUUACGCGAAUAUCACAGAGUUGGAAAAUCACGUGUUGAAACUUCUGUUCGAAUCAAGAUGUUGUUUUAA